AUGCCUCCUAAAAGUGGAAUCGCGAAACGGGAAACACCUCGUCGUCGCAAGAUCGCUCUCGCCUGCGAGUCAUGUCGCGAUAAAAAGGUCCGAUGUGACGGUGCAAAGCCGAUCUGUGGCCCAUGUGUACGACGCUCAUACACUGUCGAACAAUGCGUAUAUAAGCUGGAUAAUGCUCGGUCUGCGAGCAAUGAUGAGUACUUGAAGAUUCUCCAUGCUCGCAUCCGAGACCUUGAAGAAGCAUGUGCAAAAGGUGGUGUUGAUGUACCCCCCGAAUUGCCACAGCAUGGAGAUGAUAUGGCAUCGGAAAGGCCCGAGAGUCAGUUGGGGCAAGACAUGGACUUGGAUCCACUGGAUGCACAGUCUAGAACUUCUGUUGCCGCUGAAGGGCUUCUCGGACUAGGUGCGACGCCCGUGUUGCCCGCGCAGAGCCCCUUGUCCUCAACAUCUGCAUUUCAACCUCCGCGAUUUACUGCACAAAGAAGGCAAUCGGUAGCAGAACAAAACUACAGAACCCCACAUGCCGCCUAUCUUUCUCCUGGGUCUGUUCGGCCACGUGAAUCAAGCAUCUACCAUUCCCCGGCUGUCAACUCACACGGUAAUGUUACAGCUAUGGGUGCAAUAUCAGUUGCAGAAGAUGCCGAAGACACGGACUCGCCCGGAGAGCAGCAGUACUAUGGGAACUCCUCGGUGGCCUCUUUUAUGCGUCUUGCAGGAGAAUCAAUGCCUUUGCAGUCAUACAUGGCAGCCUUGCGGCACAGCAAAACUGAACCAGCCAGAUCCCAGGGCCCUGACACCGGGGUCUGGAGAGAUUUAGGUCAUCCAUCAGCGGAGCUUCGGUUUGACGACUUUUCUCUGCCGAACCGAGAUCUUGCAGACCACCUUCUUGAAUGCUACUGGGACAGAGUCCACUGCUUGUUUCCAUUUUUUCAUCGGCCAAGCUUUGAGCGAGCAUACGAAAAUCUUUGGGGCUCGAAUAAGGCACCAAAGCCUGAACUGCCGCAACUCAACAUUGGCCUCGGGGGUGCUUUUGAUUACGGUGCAAAUUCGAUGGUAUUUCAUUGCGCGCUCAAUGUUAUCUUUGCCCUUGGUUGCCAUUUCUCCGAUAUCCCGGCUGCUGAGCGAGAGGCGGCAGUAUACUCGUUUUUCCUUCGUGCAAAGCGGUUUGUUGGUCUUGAUCUCUUGGACAUAGGCACCAUCGGCGUUGUCCAGACACUGGUUCUAGUAUCCCUUCUACUUCAAAGUACACCAUAUCCGAACCGAUGUUGGAACGCAAUUGGUCUGGCAUGCCGAGCGGCGCAAGGACUCGGCUUGCAUGAGACAACUGCUCAAACGUCUUAUAAACCCCUAGAAACCGAAAUUCGGCGGCGAACGUGGCAUACCUGUGUUAUCAUGGAUAUGAUGGUGAGCAUGACUCAUGGUAGACCAAGCAUGACCUCUCACCUCGCACCGGUGCCACUGCCCAUUAUGGAGAGCGAUAUACAAGCGGAUGAUCCUUGCGAGCUCAGCGGACAAGCCUGUGAUCACAAGAUGGGGUAUAUGACAUUCUAUGUCUCGAGCAUUGAGUUAUACAAGAUUCUCGAAUCCAUUCUAUCUGAGGUCUACAAUGCAUGGCAGAGCCGGUCAAAUAACACUCUCACUGCCUCGCCGCGUGGCGCCAAGCACUGUAGCUUGGAUGUGUUGAUGGAGCUCGAUGAUAAGCUCUCUGCCUUUGAAGCAAAUGUGCCUCAACCAUUGAACUGGACAGACGAGCAAGCGCGACACCGCACCGGUAACACUCAUUCUGCGAUAUUCAAGCGCCAACAAAAUGUAUUGCGUACCAGAUUCAUCCACCUGCGUCUUCUUUUAUACCGCCCUAUGUUCACCCAACUUUGUUCUGAGGAGCGAACAGGAUCAUCCCGUCGAUCUGAUACUCAAUCCGGUGACAGAGGUAGCGCAUUACCCACGGAGAAAAACAUAAUUUAUUCAUCUGUUUUCUCUAAAUGCGCCGCUUGCUGUGUGGUAGCCGCCAUGGACUUGGUUUCUCUUGUGCACGAGACAUAUCGAACCACAGUGACUGACACAUGGUGGUACAACGACACCUCCACUGCAGGCUUUAUCUUGAUCAUGUCAUAUUCCUGCCACUCUAUCCGAGAGCAAGUCGACACACAAAAGGUUGACGAGAGUUGGCGCAAGUGUGAAGAGAUCUUGGCAUUUAUGGCUAUCUUCAGUCAAUCCGCUCGGAACUCCCUGCAAUUUUUACAAGUAACGCAUCAGCACAUCGUACAAAGCUACUCCGCAACUGGUCGACCUGGUGAUACCACCUCUCUGGCUCUAAAUCAGCUGCACCAAAAAGGAAACCAGCAAGUGGACAGACCUGAAUUACCGUCGCAGCCCACGGAGCCGGUGCCUAUGGAACAUGAUAUCCGUCAAGACUCCAAUAACACAGAUUGCAAUAUUUUCACGACCUGGGAUGAGAUGGGCUUGGGUCAAGAGGAGUUUGGCUUCCUUGGAAGAUUUGAUUUGCCGGAUCUUGCAAGCUGGUUUACGGAUAUUCCCUCUUGA